AUGGCGGUCCUCCCGAGACUGCUGAUCCAACUCGCCUCACUGGGCUUCCUCUACUCGGCCUUCAUCGCAUGGGAUGGUCAGUCCCAAGACUCACCGCUUCUCCGCGUCGAUGGUUCCUCCUCGAGGUUCGUACUGAUAGAAAUCGAUUUCAUGCCUAUUCCUACACAGCUCGAUCUUCAAUCAAAGCCGAAUGGGUCCCCCCACCUUCGCAUCGUUUCUCUCAAGCUAUUCCCUUACCUCUACCCGUGCGUUGGCGCUUCGUCUUCGUGAGAUUCGGAACGACUGCUCUUCUCCGACUGCUCCAGCUGACCUGUGCCACCUCUAUUGCAUUUGUUUACGCACCAGGUCAUCUUACAAGUCCUAGCUGCGCUCGCCCUCCUCACAAUAGGCCUACUCUGGUCCGCCAAUUCGUUGGCCAAGAUCUCGUGGGCAAGUGAGAUGGCCGACAAGUACGUUCGUCUUGCUCUUUGGGGAUCCGCACCUACCUUCACGCUAUCCAAAAAGGAUUCCGUUCUCAAAUCCCGUAUGUUGUGCUCCCAUAGGACCAUCGACACGCAAGACUCGACCCUCGGAUUCCGGAACGUUAGGACAAGGGCUUCAAAGCUGUUUCAAGAUCGGUCAUCGUCAUGA